AUGUCGAUUUCAUCUUGUCCGGUGUCGGGUUCUGCGGGAGGAGAAUGUCCUGUCAGUGGUUCUUCGCGAUCGGGCCAGACGCGACGAGGAUGCGCAUUUUCGGCGGCGGCGCAACCUGGUGAUCUUCAUGCUGCAUUUGAUAUUCCCCGUGGGAUUGAUACAGAAGAAUGGCUUCGCGCAAGAGAACGAAAGACGAUCAACGAACUCCUCUACGCCGACUACCCAUCCCGUGAGGAAGUUGAUUCCGUCAAAAGUCAACAAGAACUCGAUGCCAUGAAUGCAAGCGACCAUGAUCUUCUGGCCAUCGCCCUCGGUGCACCAGCACGACAAGUUCUUCAACGAGCCCAAGAGAUCGGCCCGCAAACCGGAUGGCGCGACGGAUACCUCAGCGUCGAGAAUGGCUUCUGCCCUCCAGACUACGAAGAGCCCAUCGCCGAGCUUGCAAGAUCGCCGGGUCGCAUUUGGUCUGAUCUUUGUGAGCGCAUGCCAGGAUGUUGCGCCCGCGGAAGAGUGCGAGAAGCAGUCGCUGCGCUGCCACUUGUUGAAGGGACGGAGGAGAAUAUUCCUGAUCAAGCCCUCUGGGGCGCUGUGGUCGCGCUCGGCAUGCUCUGUUCUAUCUACAGAUUUGAGGAUAAGCACGAUGGGAAGGAUGGACUUGCUAUCACAGAUGGAUCGACAACGAAGCCACAAUGUCCCAUGGGUGAUGACCUUUGCGAGGAGCUCGAGGGCAUCCCGUUGUGCAUCGCUCUUCCAUACUAUCAGGUCUCGCGAAGAAUGGGAAGAACCUUGCCCCAUCUGUCAUUUCCUGAUCAGGCUUCGUAUAACCUCAAGAUCAGAGACGUCAAGUCCAACACCCCAUAUCUUGCGCGUUUCGAUAAUACUGAUCUGCGAUGGCCCAUGUUUGGAGAGAGGGCCGAGGUCGCAUUUCUGAAAGGGUGCGCUGAUACCUCUGCUUCAUUCCAACAUGGUCCCGAUGCCAUCGCCGCUUGUCAAGAGCACGUUAUGACCGGCAACGUCGAAGGCCUUCUCCACGAGAUGAUUCGCCUAAAAGAAAUCUUAGAACGAAUGCCCAACGCCUUUCACAGCAUCUCGCCCAACCCCAACGCAGGCGACAACUACGUUUCUGCUGACAAAUGGGUUCGAUGGGGACUCUUCUCUACGCCAUUGUCCAAGCGAGUCCCUGCUGCUUCGGGCUUGCAGUUCCCUCCGUAUCUAGUUAUGGAUGCCUUUUUAGGUCGCAAGACGCACGCAUCCUUCCUCGGCGUCGAAGCCCUUCAUCUUCGAGCAUGGCUCCCCUCCAACCACCGCGCCUUUAUCGCAGCCAUUCAAUACCACUACGCCAUCCCAGAAUUCGUCCAACGAUCCGGUGACGCUCGCCUCAUGGGUGUCCUUGAGGGCAUUGUCGAAGCCUACGCCGGCGAACGCGGUUUCAUGGGUGUUCAUCGCUACAAAGUCUUUGGUAUCCUCGAAGUCGCAGCCAAGACUGGACGAACAGCCACAAACGGUCUCUCCGGAGCUGCAGAUGCGACGAGGCCCUGGGAGGAGACACACCGUCAGUUCUCAGAUGCUAUGAAAGAGCGCCUUGAGCCUUUUCGUGGCAAGCUCGAUAUGGAGCCGCAUUCGAUGAGGGGCACUUUUGAGGAGUGUCGGUAUAUGGCUAAGAUUGCGAGCUGCUCUUCCAUUGAUCAAGAUGCAAGUCGGUCAACUGCCAUGGUCACUCUGGAUAUUCGAGACACAGGUAUCACAUUUGCGCCUGGAGAUCGUGUGGCUGUUAUGCCUCUCAACAGUUGGGAAGAAUGUGCGAAGAUGGUGGCUGCUCUGGGUCUUGAUCAACACGUUAGGGAGCCAGUCGACACUACAGGCACUUGGUCACGAUUUGAGCAUCACCUUUCCACAGUCACAAGGACCGCGCACAGACAACUCACCGUAAUCGACAUCCUCCGCCGGGGUCACCUCGCUCCAAUUACCAAGGAGCUUACAGUCAAGGUUCACGAGCUUCUUCACGCUUCUUCCAACACUGUUCUUCAGGUCCUGGCUACAGAGGAGUGGCCCGUUCGUGGAUCUCUGGGCGACCUUCUCCAGAAGGCGGUUCUCGAUACACCAAGUCAUAUCUGGAACAGGGCUUUCAACCUUGAAGACCUCAGCUGGCUGCCCGAACUUGUCCAGCUCGAGGUCCCUCGAACAUACUCCAUCUCGAGCUACAGCAACGAACUACUUCCCAACACAGUUGACCUGACCAUCUCUCGCGCCGAAUACGAGCUCUCUCCCAUCUUCUCUCAAGGAAAAACCGUAACGAGAGCUGGUGUCGCGAGUGGUUUCUUUAACCCUCGUCCCUUGUCCGCAGAGAACAGCCUCUUGUACGAAGUCUUGAUCGGCGUUUCUAGACCAGUGGCUUUCCAGCUUCCCAUCGACAAAAUGGCUCCCUGUGCCUUCUUCGCCGGAGGUAGUGGCAUCGCCCCCUUCCGAAGCUUCUGGCAGCAUCGGCUAGCGACGUCUGGUCUGUCUGGUGGACGCAACCUGCUCUACUUGGGAGUACAGUCUCGUGAAAAGUUCUGUUACGAGGCUGAGCUUCGGGAGUUAGUCAACAUGGGCUUCAUGGAGGUCCAUCUUGCGUUCUCCAGAGAUCGCCAUGGCUUGACAUAUGAUGGUGUUGCGCGAGAUCUUGUGGAGAAGGCAACGCCGCCUCGAUACAUCGACAGCCUCAUCAUCGAGCAGGGCAACACGAUCUGCGACAUGGUCAUGUCGAAGAAGCAAGGCGGCCUUGGUGGUCACUUGUACGUCUGCGGCUCAGUGUCUGUGUUCGACUCGGUCAUGAGUGGUAUUCGCAAGGCCAUAUACAACUACCGCACAGCAACCAUGGACACAGUCGACCUGAUCAUCAACAAGGCAUUUGCAGAGCGUCGCUUCAUGCUAGACGUUUUCAUGUCGCCCAAAGCCCUUCCUUGCAACCUCCCAACAAUCUCUCUUUCGAGCCUUGCUCUACAUACUGGUCAUCGCCCUGCCUCCCGCAUGUGGAUUGCCGUUCACGGAAGUGUGUACGACGUCACCGACUUCUGUCCCAUGCACCCUGGCGGGACUCUCAUCAUCAAGUCCAACGCAGGUGUCGACUGUACCAAGUCCUUCGACAACCUUGCACAUACCAACAAUCCAGAGGUGUCCAGUCUUCUGACAAGGUACUUCAUUGGUCACCUAGCUACCAAGCCCGACUAUCGUGAUAGCGACGUUUCUACGCUUCAUGAUCUUUGGGCUUCCUACUUGAGGGUCACCGUCGAGACGCUUGUUGCUCAUCAGUUUGAGAUGAACGAUAUCAUGGGAGACUCGAUUGACUCUCCCUCUGCGUAUGACCCCAAUGGCAUCAGCAACAUCUGGCUCCGCGAAGGACUUCCAAACACCAUUGCCAUUCGAACAUUCUACGAUUACCAGAAUCGCUUGCUACAAGGUGGUUUCGCUGCUCUCUUCGGGUCAAAGUUGGAGGAGUUAGUUCUUCGCCUGUCUUUCAACUUCGCCAACUCUGGCGGACCUGGUGCAGCUUCCAAACUACCAGACAUUCUGGGCACCAUUGCUCGUGCAAAGUCUGGUAGCGACGCAGUUCGCAGCGCGAAGGAAAUCAGUGCUCUUGGAGAUUUUGUCUGCGAUCCAUCUUCUGAACUGCGCUUCCAAGAGCGGGGAGUCCUCGAUUUCACUGCAAAGUGCGUGCAGCUUGACAUUGAGCUCUUGGAAGAUCUUAGACAAGAGGCUUGUAAUGGUAUGGAUGCUUUCGAGAGUAUCGCGACUGUUCUCGAUUCCUUCGACGGGUCUAACUCGGACUCUACGCCUGUGGCUGCCCUGUCAUCCUUCCUCUUGCAGACUCUCGAGAGGAUGGCACACCGCUUGGCCAUGUUCUACACUCAGUUGGCACGUCUCACUGUGUAUCAGCCGGAGCUGGAACAUAACCCAGCACGAACGCGAUGGGCUUUCCUCAGACGUUGUAUUCGCGAUGGUACCUUCUUUGUCAUGACUCGAGCGCGUACCAGUGAGGCUUCGAUGGACGGUCAAUCUGAGUCGUACUACAUCAACGCGAAGUCAUUGGAGAAAACGACUUUCGACAACAUCCUCUCACAGAUCAAGCAUGUGAUUACUUCCUCGACUGUUGAAUCACCGACGACGGUCGUUCAACCAGUUACAGUCAAUGAUAUUCACCACGAGAGAGGCAACACCCUCGCCAAGGACGGCACGGUCGCCUCAUCUGCCUCCAGAUUGAACGUCGGGGCAGUUGAAAGCAUGGGAAGCUUCAUGAAGGCGAACGAAAAGGCAAUCCGCCGGCUGAGCAGUAUGCCAAGUCAACUUCAGCUGGAAGAUCUUCAAAAGGCUAUCUCAAUGAACGACAAGCCCAGCCCUCAGGCUAGUGAGAGCGCCGACGCCUUGAACGAGAACACCAGUCGCUUCAAGCCAUUGGAGCUCAAGACAGCCCUCAAGCUAGACCCCAAUGCUUUGCUUGCUUGCAAGGACCAGAUGCUCACUGCGCGCAUGAGAAUUAUGGCAGGUUAUGAGAUCAUGUCUUGCUCAGCCUCUCGGUUGAGUGCCCCGGCCAAAUGUACCUCAAUCAGCUCCAUUUCUUUCGAGGAAGCCGACGACUUGGUUGUCACCAACACUCAACCGCUCAUGGAACGCUUGAAGUCCAUUCCAGAUGAUGAGAGCGUCCCAUCUUCAGCAUCGUGUACAACUGCACAAUCUCGUCGCAGCUCUUUCAGUGGAAGCUCCGUUACAGGCUCUGUGACUGAAUCUGUCAUUCAAACGCCUCCAUCUCGACCCUAUGAGACCAGCAUGGCUCUGAAGUUGAAGCUUGAAGGUUUGAACCGACGGUCGCGUGGAGAGUCUAUUUCAUCCCGACAGAGCUUCAUCUCAGCUUCGAGUGCCGUGGAUCUCAGAAGAAACAGGUCGGUGUCAAGUAACAGGAGUGCAUCGAAGAGAAUGUCUAUAGACCCGGGUCAUACGAGGGAGCAAUCGGCUGGGAGGCUGUUGGCGUUCAAGUUAGGAGCUUUGGCAGGGGAGAGGCGAUCUUUUACACCACCCACCUGGUAG